AUGGCGGAUCCCGAACUCGGCUGCCUGGCCGGCGACCGUGAAAAGGACCCGAGACCGCCGCCGCCCGUCGACGAAAUCACCACCACCACCACCACCGACGAUGCCUCCUCUCCCUCCCUCCCACCACCGCGCGGUCUGCUCGCGCGCCUGCGACACCUCGAGGCGCGCAUGGACCACCACCUCGGCAUCGAGUCCGACGCCAUCGAGCGCAAGCGCGCCGAGGACCGACAGCGCGUCGUGCCCCCGCGCGAGCAGCUCUCCAUGGCGCUCCUCUGGGCCAGCGGCUGCAUGAACACCUCGUGCUUCGCCACCGGCUUCCUCGGGCGCCAAUUCGGCCUCGACCUCCGCCAGUCCCUCCUCGUCACCAUCCUCGUCUCGCUGCUCGGUGGCGCCGUCGUCGGCGCCGCGGCCACGUUCGGCGCCGCCACCGGCCUGCGCCAGAUGAGCGUGUCGCGCUUCUCGUUCGGCUGGUGGCCGAGCAAGCUCAUCGCGGUGCUCAACUGCGUCCAGCAGCUGGGCUGGGCCGCCGUGUCGUGCAUCACCGGCGGGCUGGCGCUGACCGCCGUGUCCGACGGUCGCGUGUCGCUCGCGCUGGGCAUCGUCGUGCUGGCCGUCGCGGCGUGGCUGAUCGCCCUGGUCGGGCUCCACGCCAUCCUGGUCUACGAGCGCUACGCGUGGAUCGUCUUCUUCGUCAUCUUCGUGAUUAUCCUGGGCGAGACGGGCAGGUACGCGGACGGCGCCACACCGGCGACGGCGACGGGGGCGGACCUGGCGGGCGGCGUGCUCAGCCUGAUCGCCGUUGUGUACGGGUCCAGCGCGUCGUGGGCGACCGUCGCAAGCGACUACUACGUCCACUACCACGCCGACGUCAGCCGCGUCAAGGUGUUCCUCAUGACGAUGUUUGGCAUCGGCGUGCCCACCGCGAUCGGCAUGGUCGCCGGCUGCGUCGUCUCCUCGGCGCUCAACGUCCGGCCGGACUGGGACGCCGCGUAUCAAAAAGGCCUGGGAUACGUGAUACAGGAGUCGCUCUACCCGCGCGGCUUUGCCAAGUUCCUCCUGACGCUCCUUGUGCUCUCCGGCAUCAACACCAACGUGAUCGGGAUUUACAGCGCGUCGCUGUCGUUUCAGCAGAUAUCGAGACCGUUCUCCCUCGUCCCGCGCCUCUUGUGGAUGAUCCUGUCGCUGGUGUGCAUCCUCGGGUUGGCGCUCGGCGGACGAGAGCAGCUCAACCAGUACCUCCAGUCGUUCCUCUCUCUUCUAGGCUACUGGUGUACCUCGUACAUUGUCAUCCUCCUCGAAGAGCACUACAUCUUUCGCAAGGGUGACUUUGGCAACUACGAUUUGGACGGUUGGAAUACCCCGGCCCGGUUACCUCUUGGAAUUGGGGCCUCGGUGGCCUUUGGCCUUGGAGUUGUAGCGUGGUGCAUGGGGAUGAGCCAAACCUGGUUCAUUGGCCCGUUGGCGAGGCUCAUUGGAGACAGCGGCGGCGAUGUCGCGAAUGAAUUCACCUUUGUCGUGACAGCCUUGAGUUAUCUGCCAGCAAGGUAUAUAGAACUAAAGCGGUAUGAACGAUAG